CACAAAAAGCCAAGGAGGCACCUCCGGCGCUUGGCAGAGGCAGGGGCAGCAGGAGCCGGGCCGGGCCGGGGCGGGCGCACAGGCACACGCAGCGAGGGGCCGCGGCGGCGCACGAGACGGGCUCCGCGCCGCGGGCAGCCAGGAGGAGCAUCUGCCCGCAGGCUGCCACACCCCCGCGGCAGGAGGAAGCGGCGGCCACGGCAGCAGCCACUUGUUGAUCGCGGCUUUCGAGAGGAGGAAACCCCAGCCCUGCCCCUGGCCGGCCCCCGGCGGGGAAGCAGUCCCCCGCGAGCCGGGCAUGUCUCCGAGGCGGGCUGCGCCGGCGGGCCGGGGGCAGCGGCUGCAGCGGCGGGAGGCGCCGGGGAUGCGGGGCUCAGCCGCAGCCUCCCGCUCAGCAUGAGUGCCGGCCGCGGCCAUGGGCUGCCGCGGAGGACGUAGGAGCCGCCCGGCAGGAGCAGCGCGGGCCAGCGGCCCCGGCGCGGCGCGGGCGGAGGGCAGCCCGCCGGCUUGGCUCCGCGCCUAGGAGGACUCGCGCACACAGACCCGGCGAGGCCACCCCGGGGCGCCGCACAUGUGCCGCUCGCGGACAUGCCCCCGAGUGCCGCCGCCGCCGCAGCUGCCUAGGCCGUCGGCGGGCUCCUAAAGGGCGACCAUGGUGGCCGCAACCCGGUCGCUGCUGGCGCUGCUGCUGUGCCAGGUGGCGCUGGGCGGCUCGGCCGGGCUGAUGCCGGAGGUGGGCCGGCGGCGGGCGGGCCGGGCGGCCCCGCAGCCGUCGGAGGACGUGCUGAGCGAGUUCGAGCUGCGCCUGCUGCACAUGUUCGGGCUGAAGCGGCGGCCGAGCCCUAGCCGCGGCGCCGUCGUGCCGCCCUACAUGCGGGAGCUGUACCGCCUGCACGCCGGCCACCAGCUGGGCGCCCGGCUCGAGCGCGCCGCCAGCCGCGCCAACACGGUGCGCAGCUUCCACCACGACGAAGCUUUAGAAGAACUCCCAGAAACAAGCAGAAAAACAGCACGGCGAUUCUUCUUUAAUUUAACUUCCAUCCCCAAUGAAGAGUCUGUCACCUCAGCUGAACUUCAGAUUUUUCGGGAGCAGGUACAGGAAGCCUUUGAGAACAACAGCAGCUACCAUCACCGUAUUAAUAUUUAUGAAAUCAUUAAGCCAGCCACAGCUGCUUCUAAGGACCCUGUCACGAGACUUUUGGACACCAGGUUGGUGCAUCAUAAUGCGAGUAAAUGGGAAAGCUUUGAUGUUACACCAGCUGUAAUGAGGUGGAUUGCACAUGGACAACCUAAUCAUGGGUUUGUGGUGGAGGUGGUUCAUUUGGACAAUAAGAACAGUGCCUCCAAGAGGCACAUUAGGAUUAGCCGGUCUUUGCAUCAGGAUGAAGACAGCUGGUCUCAGCUAAGGCCAUUAUUAGUAACAUUUGGCCAUGAUGGCAAGGGACACCCUCUCCAUAAAAGAGAGAGACGUCAAGCAAAACACAAACAACGCAAACGCCACAAAUCCAGUUGCAAACGACAUCCGUUAUAUGUGGACUUCAAUGACGUGGGGUGGAAUGACUGGAUUGUUGCCCCACCAGGGUAUAGUGCCUUCUACUGCCAUGGGGAAUGCCCUUUUCCGCUGGCAGAUCACCUAAACUCAACAAACCAUGCCAUUGUUCAGACUUUGGUCAAUUCAGUGAAUUCCAAAAUCCCUAAGGCUUGCUGUGUACCGACAGAACUGAGUGCUAUUUCCAUGCUCUACCUUGAUGAAAAUGAAAAAGUCGUAUUAAAGAACUAUCAAGAUAUGGUUGUAGAGGGUUGUGGGUGUCGCUAACACAGCAAAAUAUAUUAGAUGAAUACAAAAAAAAGCUGACACUUUAAUAUUUCCCAAUGAAGACUUUAUUUAUGUAAUGAAAUGGAAAGAAAAAAAAAAAACACAACUAUUUUGAAAAUAUAUUUAUGUCUACAAAAGAAAGUGUUGGGAAAACAAAUAUUUUAAUCAGAGAAUUAUUCCUUUAAAGAUUUUAAAUGUAUUUUAGUUGUACAUUUUAUAUGGGUUUAACCCCAGCACAUGAAGUAUAAUGGUCAGAUUCUUAUUUUGUAUUUAUUUACUAUUAUAACCACUUUUUAGAAAAUAGCUAAUUUGUAUUUAUAUGUAAUCAAAAGGAAAAAAAUAUAGAGUUUGUACAUAAUUUUCCAAAACUGUAGCUGUUUCAACUGUGUGUAUUUAAGUUGAAAAGAAUACAUGGAAGGUUACUAUGGCAAAGUGCAUAGCACAUUUGCUUUCUGCUGUGCUACUGUUAAGGUCACAAGUUCAAGUCCAGAAAAAAGUGGAUAAUCCAUCCUGCUGACUUUCAAGAUUAUUAUAUUGUACAAUUCUCAGGAAUGCUGCAGGGUGGGCUGUCCAAUCCAUGAGAACUGGCAUCCUCUUUAGGUGGAACGUUUGGAUAAGACCCAGACAUUGCUGAUCUAGUAUAAAUACUGCUAUUCCUAACUAAUUUGCAGACUGACUAUAAGCAGGGCCAAUAGAAAUCUUUAGGUGGGGGCGAGGAGGCCAAAUCCUUUCUAGACCUACAAAAAGUAAAUCCCUCCUGCCUGCCUCCCCCUUUAAAAAAAGUAGGUCUCCCAUUUAAAUCCUAAUCCUGGACAAAUAUAAAAAUAAUGAAAUGUAUUAUUUCGGGUGUGCUUUUUAUGUAUGCUAAAAAGGAACAACAACCUUAUUUCUACUGGCCCUUUGCUAAAACAGUUGGGAAUAUAAUUACUUUUUUACCUCAGCUAAGAGCUCAUUUAUGUGGAAUGCUAUCAUGAAAUAACCUUCAGAUUUUGCCCAACAUACAGCAAACUGUUGUCAUCUGCAGCUUCCUAUCUGACCUCACCUUAUGUUUUUUCUGUCUCUGAGUAGCUUGUCUUCCUUUCCAGGGUUGUGCGUUUGAAAGCAUUUUUCCCCCAGAUGUUUAAACCUAUUUCAGAUAAUAAAUAAUAGAGCUCUGAUA